AUGGGGACAUGGGGCCCCACUGACGCGCGCGCGCGAGGCGCGCAGGGAGGGGAUCCCGCCGCCGGACGACAACCUCACCGACGACCUCCUCGUCGAGGUCCUCUCGCGCGUGCCCUACAAGACGCUCUGCGGCCUCAAGUGCGUCUGCUGGCGGUGGCGCCGCGUCAUCUCCCACCCCGACUCCGACCACCGCCUCCCUCGCUACCACCUCCACGGCGCCAUCGCCGGAUUCUUCGACCACUACGCCGCCCCCUCUUCCUCGACCCCUCGCUCCACUUCCUUCCCCGGUGCCGCGCCCUCGACCUCCUCGAUUCCUGCAACGGCCUCCUCUGCCGCUGCUGGAGGAUUUCCGAUUACCGGCGGAGAUUCGAUUACCUAGUGGUUAAUCACGCCACUCGGCAAUGGGUCGUCCUGCCUGAAUCCGCAAGGUCUGACAAGAGACAGAUUGCCUACUUGGGGUUCGAUCCGGCGGUCUCCUCCUCCCAUUUCCAUGUGUUCGAGUUGGUGGAAAAGAAUCCCGCGAACGCGGAUGGGGAAGCAGAUGAUGGUGAACUUGAUGCAACUAUCAACGCGCUGGAGAUCUAUUCAUCUGAAACUGGAGUGUGGAGUCACAAGGACAUUGGUUGGGGCCAUCAAAUCGGGGUGCUUGAUGAUUGGAGGAGCGUGUUCUUCAACGGGAUGCUGCAUUUGAUCACCAUGGGGUAUGUGGUUGCAGUGGUGGAUGUGGAGGGGAAUUCUUGGAGGACCAUUCCAAUGCCACAAACUCUUGAUGAUCCUGACUGCAAUGUCGAUGACGGGACUACAGCAGUGAUCAGUGGACCUUGAAGCACACUGUCAGCCAUUUACAUCUAUUUGGAAGAAGGAGAAAAGAUUUUGGACAUGACUACUAAGUUGUCUCGAUUCACCCGGAACGGAAUAUCAUUUUCUUUGUUUUGCCAAAUGAAGGAAUAUUGAUAUCCUAUGAAAUGGAUAGCAGGGAAGUGCAUUAUAUAGGUGAGCUUGGAGUUGUUUCCACACUGCAUUAUCUUCCCUAUGUUCCCUUGUACUCAGAUUCACUGGCAGAUGGACAUUGAUCAUCUUACUUGCAUAGGGCAAUGGUCAGUUUGUUACCCUUAAUCAUGACAAUGGGGUUAGCUAGGAAGUCAAUAAGAGCAGCAGCGACGUGCUAUGUUGUUUUAGGUGUUUGAGUGCACUCUGUAACCUCACUCUCUGGGGCCAAUGUUUCAGUAACUUUGCACUGCUCUCUUUGGAUCUGCGUAUAUUAUGUGUAAUUUGGUUGUUUUCCGUGUCUAAAGCCCCGUGUUUGAUUUAUAUUUAUACAUAUGCA